GUGAGCUGUGUACAACACAUAAGCCAGAGGAGCGCUUUGGAAAUAAGGUUUCAGCAUCAAACGCCGUCCCUGUCUUCUUCUUCUUUGUGGUAUAUUUAGAAACUGCAAAAAGAGGGGAGCCGCUUUAAUGCGGCAUAUCGUUGGCGCAGACUGACAGCCAGCUAAUUUUGGCCACUACACACAUCUGUAACCAUGACAGCAGAGGAGACCAUCAACAUUAAGGAGGCAGAAGUGAUCAAGCUCGUCCUGGACUUCCUUAACUCCAGGAGGCUCCACAUCAGCAUGCUGGCCUUGGAGAAGGAGAGUGGAGUUAUUAAUGGACUCUACUCUGAUGACAUGCUCUUCCUCAGGCAGCUCAUUCUGGAUGGCCAGUGGGAGGAGGUGCUUCAGUUUAUUCAGCCUUUAGAGGGAAUGGACAAAUUUGAUAAGAAACGGUUUCGUUACAUCAUCCUGAAGCAGAAGUUCCUUGAAGCUUUGUGUGUAAAUAAUGCCAUGUCAGCUGCUGAAGAUCCUCAUAACCUGGAGCUCACCAUGGAAGAGGCAGUUAAGUCCCUCCACAGUCUGGAGGAGUUCUGCCCAACCAAGGAAGACUACAGCAAGUUGUGUCUGCUCCUCACCCUGCCGUGCCUUACCCACCACGCAGAGUUCAAAGACUGGAAUCCAAGCACGGCUCGUGUCCAUUGCUUCGAGGAGGCCUGUGCAAUGGUAGCUGAGUUCAUCCCUGCAGACAGGAAGCUGAGCGAGGCCGGCUUCAGGGCAAGUGGGAACCGCCUCUUCCAGUUGCUCAUCAAAGGGAUCCUUUAUGAGUGCUGUGUUGAGUUCUGUCAGAGUAAAGCUACAGGUGAGGAGAUCAGAGAGGGUGAAGUGCUGCUCGGCUUGGAUUUGCUGUGUGGGAACGGCUGUGAUGAGCUGGAUUUGUCAUUGCUCUCCUGGCUGCAGAACCUCUCCUCAGGUGCCUUCACCUGUGCCUUCCAGCAAAAGACCCUCGACAUCCACGUAGACCGCCUGGUUAAACCCAGCAAGGCUGGAUACGCCGAUCUCCUCACUCCAUUAAUCAGCCGUCUGUCUCCCUGCCCCACUUCGCCUUUUCGUCAGCGACCUCAUUCAGCUGACACCUACAUGUCCAGAUCGCUCAACCCAGCACUGGAUGGCCUGUCCCAUGGCCUGGCAGCCCAGGAUAAGAGGGGCGUGGAGGCCAGUGUGAAGUCUAACCUUAGCAGGAGCCUUGUGGAGAACAAUGUGCAUCAGCAGGAUGAUUCACCAGAGAGGAAACACCCACAGGGGCUGGAUGGGCCCAACACAACACGCACCCCACUAACACCUGGAAAAGAUGGCGGACCACCCUGCAGCACAGAAACUCAUGAGCGUCGUGAUUCCACAGAACACAUCCAAGAAUAUUACAGGCAGCGUCUGCGAGUGCAGCAGCACCUGGAACAGAAGCAGCAGCAGAGGCAGCUUUACCAGCAGAUGCUCCUGGAAGGAGGAGUGAAGCCUCAGGAUGGAGCCCAACACAACCUAACUGAAACAUUCCUCACCAGAUCCAUUCAGAGGUUGGAAGAGAUGAAUGUUGGCAUUGACCUUAAAGGAGACGAAGUGGUAACUCAUUUGGGCCAGCACUGGAAUGGAGUGACAGGGAACAACAACAGCUCGAGCCCAAAGACAACCAACAUGCGCCAUACCUCAGAUGGGCAGUCGGGGGACAAGGCAGGUGGGGUUAGCAGCAGCGCUGGAAACCAUGGUUCGCCUUCACUCAAUGCGUCCUCAGUUCCUCCCAGUCAAAGUGCUGAAAAACUCAAAGCACCUGGGCCCACAAUUCAGGAUGAUUCUUGCUCCUCUACAACACGUGACACACAGGAGCCUAGGAAGGCGAAAACACAGUUUGUCAAGGUGAACCAGUUGGAGGACACACAGGCGGUCCGUGCGGUGGCCUUCCAUCCCUCUGGAAAACUUUAUGCUGUCGGCUCCAACUCAAAAACCCUGAGAGUUUGCGCCUACCCAGAAACAUUGACUACAAGUGGUUCUGCAGCGAUCAAGCAGCCAGCUGUGCGCUUCAGACGGAACAAACAUCACAAGGGCUCCAUCUACUGCGUAGCCUGGAGUCACUGUGGACAGCUGCUGGCAACUGGCUCCAAUGACAAAUACGUCAAGGUCUUGCCAUUCAAUGCAGACAGCUGCAAUGCUACAGGCCCAGAUCUGGAGUUCAGCAUGCAUGAUGGUACCAUAAGAGACCUGGCUUUUAUGGAGGGCCCUGAGAGUGGAGGAUCCAUCUUGAUCAGUGCUGGGGCUGGAGACUGCAACAUCUACACCACUGACUGUCAGAGAGGACAGGGUCUACAUGCCCUGAGUGGACACACAGGUCACAUUCUGACUCUGUUUACAUGGGGCGGUUGGAUGAUCGCCUCUGGCUCCCAGGACAAGACAGUCCGGUUCUGGGACUUACGAGUACCCAGUUGUGUUCGGGUGGUGGGCACAACUCUGCAUGGCUCAGGCAGUGCAGUUGCAUCAGUGGCUGUGGAUCCCAGUGGCCGUCUGCUGGCCACUGGUCAGGAGGACAGUACCUGCAUGUUGUACGACAUUAGAGGAGGCCGCAUAGUCCAGACGUGCCGCCCCCACAGCAGUGACAUUCGCUCUGUACGCUUCUCACCUGGAGCCCAUCAUCUCCUCACUGGGUCCUAUGACAACAGAAUCAUCAUCAGUGACCUUCAAGGUGACCUGACAAAGCCCCUCCCUCAGACCGUAGCAGGGGAGCACUGGGAUAAGGUGAUCCAGUGUAGGUGGCACCCACACGACCGGACUUUCUUAUCAUCAUCUGCCGAUCGAACAGUCAUCCUGUGGGCUCCACACCCCUGACACUCAAAGAAAUAGAGAUGAACAGGAAGAAGUGCAGAAGAAGCGAGUGCAAGAGCAGUGCCUGCAUACGUCCCAGUAUGGUCCCAGUAUGGGAUCACUAAGUGCUGUGAGGUGUGUAUGUGCACUGGUAAAUGUACAUAUCUUGAGCAUCAAGUUCUCUACAUGUUGUUCAGUUUAAAGCUGAAAUCCAUUUUUGAAGCAUCAAGUCACCUAAAAGACAGAAGUUUAUAUCAGUAUGUGUGUGUUUGAAUGCUACUGUAUUUUGUUUGUGUGUGUCUGUGCGUGUCUGCAAAUGUGUGUUACAGUUUGAUUGCAACUGAGGUUAGAGACAUGACAAGAACAUUUAGCAAAUGCCAAAAAAAAGAAGAAAUUUUAGUGUUUCUAUUUGGGAUCCAUAUGAUGCUUAAGCUCUUAAAUGUAUAGGAUGUGUGUGUGUGUAUGUGUGUGUGUUCACUUAUGAGCUUUUUUGCUUGUGGCCCCUGUAAGUACAACGUAAACAUGAAAUAGCAAAAUGGUUAUAAUGAAAUGAAAAACAUGGCAAUCUGAAUGCACAAGUGAGUCCUGCAAGCACAUUUUCAAGUUAGUUUAAUUUUUCUCUCACAGUGCCAAGAAAGAUCUUUGUCAAAGUACCAGUUUAUUAAGGAUUUCAUUUUUGAUGUAACAUCACACCAACAUUUCAGCUGAAUUCAUUGUAGCUCUGCUCUUUUCACUGAUUUCUGUUAGAAGCAGUGAUGGACUCUGUGCUGUGGGAAGAGGCUGCAUUAAGUUAUGCAUAUAAUGUGCCUUUUUGUAACAGUCAGACAUUUUUACAUGUCUUGAUUGGGAUAUUAUUUACUUAUUUGCAUUUAGCUUUUGUGCACACUGAGAUGUAUAAAGUGUUUUUUUUCAUAAGAGAUUAUAUAUAUAUAUAUAUGU